AUGGAGGACGAGCAGCCCGACAGCUUGGAGGGCUGGGUGCCGGUCCGCGAGGACCUCUUCGCCGAGCCCGAGCGGCACCAGCUGCGCUUCCUCGUGGCCUGGAACGACGCGGAGGGCAAGUUCGCGGUGACCUGUCACGACCGCACGGCGCAGCGGCGGCGGCGCGAGGGGAGCCGGCCCGAGCCCGAGCCGGCCACGUCCCCUCCCAGCUGGGCGGGCCUGCUCUCUGCCGCCGGGCUCCGCGGCGCUCACCGGCAGCUGGCGGCGCUGUGGCCGCCGCUGGAGAGCUGCUUCCCGCCGCUGCCGCCGGAGCUGGACGCACGCGCCGGCGGGGCCUGGGGCCUGGGGCUCGGGCUGUGGGCGCUGGUGUGGCCGGCGCGCACGGGCCUCGGGGACGCGGCGCUGCAGGAGCUGUGCGGGCGCCUGGAGCGCUACCUGGGCGACGCUGCGAGCGGCUGCGGCGGCGCAGCGGUGCGCGACGCGCUCUUCCCCGCCGACGGCGGCGCGCCCGACUGCGAGAGCCUGCGCGACUUCCGGGAGAGGGCCCUGCGCGCGCGGUGGACCGCGGCGGGCGCGCGGCUGCGCCAGGUUCUUCAGGGGCACGAUAAAGCCCACACCAUGGUAGCACUAAUGAAUGUUUAUCGAGAGGAAGAUGAAGCAUACCAGGAAUUAGUUACUGGGGCAACUAUGUUCUUCCAGUAUCUGCUGAAGCCAUUUAGGGAUAUGAGAGAAGUUGCAACUUUAUGUAAGCUUGGUAUUUUGAAAUCCUUGGAUGAGGAUGAUUUGGGUCCGAAGAGGAUAGUUGCCUUGCAGAAGGAAGCCAAAGAAUGGACCAGACAGGCUGAAGAAGCUAUAGUCUCUAUUCAGGACAUUACAGUGAAUUAUUUUAAAGAAACAGUAAAAGCACUAGCAGGAAUGCAGAAACAAAUGGAACAGGACAAGAAGAGAUUUGGCCAGGCUGCCUGGGCCACAGCAACUCCCAGGUUAGAAAAACUCAAGCUGAUGUUAGCCCGAGAGACUCUGCAGCUCAUGAGAGCCAGAGAGUUGUGUUUAAAUCACAAAAGAGCUGAAAUUCAGAGAAAGAUGGAAGAUCUUCCAGAACAAGAAAAAAAUAUAGAUGUUGUAGAUGAAUUAGAAAUACAAUAUUAUGAAGUCCAGUUAGAGCUGUAUGAGGUUAAAUUCGAGAUAUUAAAAUAUGAAGAAAUACUACUUAUAACGCAGUUGGACUCAAUUAAAAGGCUUAUAAAAGAUAAAGAGGAGGAAGUUGUCUACUACGACCCGUGUGAAAGUCCAGAGGAGCUGGGAGCCCUGGAUGGCGUGCCAGGGCUGCCGGGGGACAGGGGCGUGCAGGUGAGAGAGCUGAGCCGGCGGUACCAGCGUCUGGAGUCCCAGCGGGGCAGGGUCUGCGCCCGGAGAGCCCGUCUCAGGAACAGGCAGGAUCAGUGCAAAGAGAAUCAUCGGCUCCGACUGCAGUUGGCUGAAGAAAGUAGGAAACAUUUUCAUCAGCAUCAUAGUAUCCAGGUGAAAAGAGACAAAAUGAAAGAAGAGGAGCAAAAGAAGAGAGAAUGGAUAAACCAGGAACGCAAAAAAACACUCCAGCGGUUGAGAGCAUUUAAAGAGAGAUGUCCAGGUGGGUCUGUACUAAAGACCCCUUGCUCAGAACCUGCAACUCCACGCCUGCCACGUGGGCCUUCCCCGCAGACCUCUCCGCUGGCCGCCAGAAGCCAUCCGUCCUCUGGGGAGGCCCAAAGCGUGCCCCUCUCUGAAGUCAGUAAUGCGCAAACCCCCGAGGAGCCACAUGGCUCUGGAAAUACUGUUCAGAGCUCUGUUGCUGUUGGUGACCAAACACACUGCAGAUCCAGCGAGGAGCUGUCACCACCGCCUCCCCCUCCCCCGCCCCCUCCCCCGCCCCCUCCCCCACUGCCCCUCCCUGCUCUGCCCUUUUCUUUUUCUCCGUCCACAAAUCACCAGAACUUACACUUGAGGACGCUACUAACAGCCGAUGAGCCACGUCCCCUGGUGUGCGAAUCGUCCGAGCCGUCCGCUGGAAGAGCGCGUUAUUCCUCAGCUGGUUUCGCUGGCCCAGGGUCCAUGGACGAAGUGCUGGCCUCCCUAAGGGGUGGCACUAGCCCUCUGCGGCGGGUGGACGCGCCCGCUCUGACCCCUCCCCACGCCGCCUUCGACGAGCAGCUUCUGGCUGCCAUACGGCGGGGGGUCCAGCUGAAGAAGGUUCGCUCUGGCCUCGGCCUGAGCGCCAGCGGCAAGCCGACCAGCGACCUGGAGAGAAGUAUCAAGGCGGCACUCCAAAGAAUCAAGAGAGUGUCCGCCGACUCGGAGGACGAGGACGGCGAGGAGCCGGGCCCCGACGACGAGUGGGACCGCUGAGCCCUCUCCACCGCCGCGGGCUCCCUGCGCUUGAAUGAGGUGCCGCAGGCCGAGACCUGGGCUUGAAAAGCCUGUGAACGGGGCUGUCAGCCACGGGACAGCCCGAGAGCCGAGCAGGGCUCAGCGUGAGGUGUGCAACUUUUCUGGAAGGCCGUGGCUCUUGCCAUCAGGGCAGGAGGUCGAGGGGUGGUGACUUCCACACGCCAAACUGGAGUUGGGAUCUAGGAACCCGCUGUACUGCUGGCGUAAGAGAGUAGAUUUGAUGUUUCACCAAGGAUUAUCUAGAAUCAUCCCCUUCUUCCGAAAAGAAGUUGCUAGCACUAUGCUAAGUGGUGCCGUUCCGCCACCGACCGGGUCUUCCUGUUUGUAUGCAGUAGUGGUCCCUCCCGUCGGAGUGUGAACACGAUUUUAGCAAGAAGCAGAAUAAGCUGCUUAUAGCCGGAAAUAGUUUAACUAUUUUAAAUAAAAUAUAUUUUAUGUAUCAAGUGCUAUAUAAACUCAUAAUAAAGAACUAUUUAUAAUGCGUCA